GGGUAGAGUUGAAUAAAUUCCAGCGAAUAAAUAAUAGGGACAAAAAAGAAGGGCACAGUCGUCAAAACGACAAGAAGUCGUAUCAAUUACAAUACAACAACAAACAAUGAUAGUAAUUUAUCACCAACGACUUCAACUUGACCCCUCUCAUUCAUUACUUCAACUCCUCACCGUCCCCCACUCGCCGGCGAACACUCACUCCUCCUAACCCCAAACCUCCGCCGGCGUACCAAUGUCAACACCAAAAUCACCCUCACACUCCAUCUUAAUGCUAUUUCCAGUUUUUCUCCUUAUUCUCCUACCUCAUUCCUCUCUCGCCGUUCGACCUAUUCACUCCGAUCCGUUCCAAUUCCAACUCGCUAACUCCACUGACUCCAACGUCUCCAUCUCCACAACUCGACAAGGUUCCUUCGCUGAUAUCAUUGAUCGUGCUCUUCAGCAUGAAUUCACCGACACCGAUCAAAACGAAGUGCCUGAUGCGGGAGGUUUCAACAACAGUGUAGCAGAACAACAGGCUGUUCUAGAGACUGUGGCCAGAGUCACGCCGAACAAGAAUGACACUAAAGAUGAAAAGUCAUUUCAGCUCCAUCGUGUAUUCAAUAGAGGCGAAGACACCCCAAUGUUAAUAGAUCGAAAGGACAAUGUAUUUAUCAUUUCUAACUUUAAAUCCAAGUAUCCAGUGCUGCAGCUAGAUUUACGAUUGAUUUCAGACUUGGUCAUUGCUAUUGUUUCGGCAACUUGUGGUGGUGUUGCAUUUGCUUUUGCUGGACAACCAGUCAUUACUGGAUAUCUUCUAGCUGGCUCCAUUGUUGGACCUGGAGGCUUUAACUUCAUCAAUGAAAUGGUGCAGGUGGAAACAGUGGCUCAAUUUGGCGUAAUAUUUAUUCUCUUUGCAUUGGGCCUCGAGUUUUCCAUGACAAAGCUUCGAGUUGUUCGAUCUGUUGCUGUUCUUGGAGGCUUACUUCAAAUUUUUCUAUUUAUGUGCAUGUGUGGUUUUACUGUAUCGUUAUGUGGUGGUAAAGCUUCAGAAGGGAUUUUUGUUGGUGCUUUCCUUUCUAUGUCUUCAACAGCAGUGGUCUUGAAGUUUUUGAUGGAAAAGAAUAAUACUAAUGCCCUUCAUGGCCAAGUCACAAUUGGGACCCUUAUUUUACAGGAUUGUGCUGUUGGAUUGCUCUUUGCAUUGCUUCCUGUUUUGGGUGGCACCUCAGGUGUUUUUCAAGGAGUGUUAUCAAUGACAAAGCUGUUGGUGACAUUGAUUGCAUUUCUCUCUAUUCUGUCAAUAUUGUCUCGCACUUGCCUUCCGUGGUUGCUUAAACUGAUGAUAAGCCUAUCAUCACAGACAAAUGAACUCUAUCAGCUGGCGUCUGUUGCGUUCUGCUUGAUUGUAGCCUGGUGUAGCGAUAAGCUGGGAUUAAGUCUAGAACUAGGUGCCUUUGCUGCUGGAGUGAUGAUUGCAACCACCGAUCUGGCUCAACAUACACUAGAGCAAAUUGAACCUAUUUGCAAUCUUUUCGCUGCUCUUUUCCUUUCCAGCAUUGGAAUGCUGAUUCAUGUUCAUUUUCUUUGGAACCAUGUUGAUAUUUUGGUAGCAUCAGUUAUUUUAGUGAUUGUUAUAAAAACAAUCAUAAUUGCUUCAGUUGUGAAAGGAUUUGGUUAUAAUAACAAGACUUCAGUACUUGUAGGAAUGUCCAUGGCACAAAUAGGAGAAUUUGCUUUUGUUCUUCUCAGCCGUGCUUCAAAUCUUCAUCUAGUUGAGGGUAAACUAUAUUUGCUGCUUCUUGGGACCACCGCUCUUAGUCUGGUGACAACUCCUUUACUUUUCAAGCUGAUUCCUGCUGUAGUGCAUCUUGGUGUGCUAUUGAGGUGGUUUUCUCCUGACAGUGCUGUAGAGAUUGGAUAUAAGGUAGACAACCUCCUCCGCUCAGAUAGCGCUAAGCAACGGAUAGUUUUGAUGGACAAAGAAGCUCGUGAUUGUUAAUCAUUGCACUGCACCAAGGAAUUUCCGUUUUUGCACAUCAUUAUUUUUCGACAGGGUUAAACAUGCAAGUAUCCGUCGUGCAAACUUGUUCCAUUAUGGAUACUUGCUACCGACCAAGGCAACCAAUCCAAACCCCACUAAAGAACAGGGGAGGGGAUUGAUAUAUAAGAGUAAAGAAAACUCAGAAUACCAAUAUUGAUGCUGUGGAUCAUAUUUUUUCCAUAACUUCACUUUACUAGAUAGGCAUGUCAGUAAUAGUCAAUUUUUUUGUGUUUUGUUGUAUAUAUUGUAAUGUAUAAUAUCUGUUUUAAUUUAAUUCAUUUAUUUCAGUUCCAA